UUUAUUUUUUAUAUAUGGGGAAAGAAUGCACGGGAAAUUUCUCAGAUGGUUUUCUAUAAUCUAUAUGAUUUAUGAGUGAGAAACUCUAUUCAGCAGCCGGCUUAAGUUUUCUACACCGCACACGUGAUGUGGCGAACCCGGUCUGGACGCCACAUCACGGUUCGUAGUCACUGGAAGUUCCACUCGAUCUGUAAUUCGAUUUCCUCCACUGAAACAGCCUUCCUCUCCUCAUGCCCGAUUUCAUCCAUUGGAAGCCUUCCUUAGUUCCUCUCCUCAUGCCCCCUCUCUAUCGAUUCUCACUCUCACUCUCUCUCUCUCUGUACUCCUCUCUUUCGCUCUCCUCUCUGUGAUUCUAGGGCAAAUUCGUCCCUUGCAAACUCUAGUCGAUGUCGAAGAGAAGACCGUCCCUGCAUCCAGAUCUGUGGCUACGCCACAGUAAGUUUCCAACCAAAACCUGGUUUUUGAUUCCUCAGUACAGUGACGGGGUAAAUAUCUCCCCCGAGUCACUGCAAAUAUCUCCCUCUCCGAUGGAAAAUCUUAUGCUAGUGCAGGUGCUUCACGCAAUGAUUCAAAUGGGUGUUCUUGUACCUACUACUGGAGAUAUGAUUGCUGCCAGAGACGGACAACACAGCUCUUCCUUAACAGGGGAAGAUCUAUUAGCUAUUGCAGCAGAUCAGCCCUUUCAAUUUCCCGCCACAUUCACAUUUGUUAGAGCAUUUUCAGUUUUGGAUGGCAUUAAUUUGGAAAGGGCCUUGACCCUCGAUUUGAUAUUACUGAGAUUGCCAAACCGUGAGUUUGAUCUUUGCUUCUUCCAACUCUGAGAUUUAGCAAGCUAGAUAUUCCUUGUUUUUGACAUGCCUUUGAUGCUUUACCUCGGAGCUAUGCGAUGGAGUUGUUAAGGUUGAAGGAAGCUGUGGUUGAAGUUAUCCUGAAGGCAAACUCAAAAUUCUCGACUUAUUAACAAGGAUAGCUUUCAGCCCUCAACGAGGAGUUACAUUUGUAAUUUGUAACAAUUCUGUGGUAGAUGUCGGCAUUGUAGUCAUCUUUAACGGGAUGAAUGUCUACUCAUGAUGUAUGAUUUUGUAAUAUAAGAAAAAAUUAUUCAAUAAAAUGUGCUUCUUUUUUAA